GCACCCCAGUGCAGAGAAGGACCCCUCCCAUUAUUUUGAGGACCGGGUUGGCGCGACUGAAUCACUGCAGUCGUUUGGCAACCCGAGAUCUGGGCUUCGAAAGGCUUAUCAGGCGAAAGGCCGUGGAAACCACCGGGACUUUGAGACUCGGUGGGCCCUACCCCGCUUCCCUUCGGGUGACGGCGCUGUGACGAGCAACUGACAGGCGCAACGAAAGGCAGCCCUCUGCUGUCUGGAGAAAAGCAGAGGCCUGAGCUACCGGCCUCGGGAGGGAGCUGAGGGCAGUGCUUGGGGCAGCGGGUCACAGCGGCUGAAAGCGCGCGUGGGAAGCGGGGGCUCUAGGUGCAAUAAGAGUUUCGGGAUGUCAGAGAAAGAUGUCUCCCGGAAGGAGGCAGGCUAAAGCGUGGGUACCACUACCUGCCUCAAGACAGGUGGGAGAGAAGGGGAUGAGGCUGGUGUCAAAGAUCAAGGGUCCCGCGCUCCGAGUUCAGGGAGUUAGUUUGAUGUAGGAGGCAUAGGUCAGAGGUCUCACGCAAGUGAGAAGGCUCUAAGGGGAGUCACAAACCCGGGGAGUUGACUCUUCUGGGAGGAUUGAAUCUUCUCUAGCGAGCUGCUCUAUCAGAGGGGUCUCAGUCACCAUGGAGGACCGGCACCCCAAAGAGGCCAUGGAGCAGCAGGAUUCGUCCAAGGAGAGACGUCCCCAAAGUCCGGGAGGUGACAUCUGCCACUUGGGGGCCCUGCAGUGCACCCGCUGCCUCAUCACCUUCGCAGACUCCAAGUUCCAGGAGCGUCACAUGAAGCGGGAGCACCCAGCGGACUUCGUGGCCCAGAAGCUGCAGGGGGUCCUCUUCAUCUGCUUCACGUGCGCCCGCUCCUUCCCCUCCUCCAAGGCCCUGAUCACCCACCAGCGCAGCCACGGUCCAGCGGCCAGGCCCUCCCAGCCGGCUGUGCCCACCACCACCCCACCCACCUUCCCCUGUCCUGACUGUGGCAAGACCUUUGGGCAGGCCGCUUCUCUGAGGCGGCAUCGCCAGGCGCACGAGGCCCACCCCCUUCCUGGCCCCUUCGCCUGCACUGAGUGCGGGCAGGACUUUGCCCAGGAAGCAGGGCUGCAUCAGCACUACAUCCGGCAUGCCCGGGGGGAGCUCUGAGUGUUGGUCCAGCCCUCCCUAGGGCAAUGGAAGCUCUGUGGCUGGUGGGACCCCCGUCUGACAUGGGAUGGGAGCCUUGGAGGGAUUUACUUUCCUCCCUAGAAAGGCAAAGGACUCCUGAUCAAUAGGACCCAGAAGAUGCUCAUUUAGAGCUUCCGUCUUUGGAAGACACAAAAGCCUUCAGGGAAACAGUAAAAUCAAACAAUAGUGAGAUCUUUUGUUUAAAAAAAAAUGAAAUUAACAAGAAAGAGGGAAAUUUGUUAUUUGUAUCUUCCUCGUUCCCAAUUAAAUAGUUUGAAAUCACAA